AUGGGCCCAUCUCCGCGAUGGCAAGAACAGACGACAGCCUGGGGGACAAAAACCACGUCCUGUCAGAGCACUUCCACCGCCACGGUAACUGAAACUACAACGGCUACUGCAUCAACCUCGACCGUCACUACGAUCGUCACAUCAACUACAACAGGGCCCGCGUCCACAGAUACAGCAACGACUACUGCCACAGUUUCCACUUCUACUGUUGUAUCUGCGCCUACGGUUACAUCGACCGACACCUCGACGAGCACGACCCUUGCGACAAUUGUGACCUCAACCGUCUCCUCGACCGUGACCCCUUCGGCCUCGACUGUGACGAGCACCUCAACGACCGUCCUUACAUCGAUUCCUACCGCGUUCACCACCACUACAGUGACGGCAACUUCGACCAAUACUAUCACCUCCACGCCAACCACCACUGUAACCACAACUGUCACCGUACCAAGUUCCGGCACCACAACGACAACAUACGCCGCCUGCGCCACAAACAAUCUUGUCAGUACCUAUGACGGCCAAACACUUUCAGACCUAGCGUACACAGACGAUGAGCAGGCAGAAACGACUGUUGUCAGAACUUCCGCCGAUACCGCUUAUGACUGUUGUGUCAUGGCCAUUUUGGAUGAAAACUCUGUAGUCUUCGAGCUUGUUGAUGGCACCUGUUAUGUCGUCGAGGCUGACACUUGCACCCCCGGCGACCAGGCUCUCACAUUUACUCCCGUCACCAAUACAGGAGUUUCGUCGACCGCUGGCAACUCAGUCUGUGGCGAAGUUGUUCCCGCGAGUUAA